AUAUUCCAAACGAACAAACGACCUAUCAAAAUAUAUGAAUUUGACUCGUUUGGAAUGACACUGACAAAUAAUAAUUGUUCCAAUUUUGACAGCGUCGUCACUCUCCUUAUAUGCACUCAGAUUUUUACAUUGCACUUCACCCACGUUUGUAAACAAAAAUUAUCAAGGAAAAUUAUCACAAAAUUGUGUUAGGUGGUUUUUGGAGUACGAAAAACGAUGGAAAAUGACGCCGAAGACGGUGCCAGAUAUGAAAAAUCAUCGGUUCCAGAUGAGACUACCAUUGAGACAGUGGAUUUGGACGAUCAGCCCUCGCCACCGCCGAUGUUGCCAGUCCACGGUUUGCAGUCCAUGUUCGAAACGAUCGACUAUCUGAUCGUCCACGAUGGUUACCAGUGUGCGGCCUGCCCGCAGGAGAAGCGCCGAAGCUUCCCCGAUAUGCCCGAACUCCGGCGGCACAUGGUGAAACACGUCAACGGUGGUCGUACGUCGGGACGGCACUCGGAAAUACGAUGCAACCAUUGCAAUCAAACGUUCGACCGAGUGGAUAACCUCCGGAAGCAUCUGCUGGAGGCACUGAACAAAGAGUACGGUCGGGUAAUCGACAGUGAUGAUAUGGAUGAUGAAAAGCAUUGUGUUAGCGAUGCUCCAGUGAACUACAUCAUCAAGAAUGGUUGUUUGACGUGUUCGGUGUGUGAAGCCGAAUUCGGAGCACCCACCCGGUGGAACAAGGAGAAGUUUAAGAUGCACGUCGGCAAGGAGCACUGGAAGACGCCGGCGUUCAGGUGUGACGAUUGCGGAAAACGAUUCAGCGAGGCUGGGAAGUUGGAGAAGCAUAUGAAGCGACACCUCGAACUGAUGGAUGUAGCGUGGAUGGGUGCUGAACCAUCUACGUCAAGCGGUGUCAAAAUAAAAAAGAGCUCAGAUUCGGAUUCCGAUGAUGCAUUUUACGCGAAAGAUCCUGUGGAAUUGCAGCUAGAUGAGAUGCCAUUACCUGAGGUUCACAUCAAGGUCGAACCGGACGAAGAACAAAAUCCGUUAGAGGAAGACAGGAGGGAUGGUGAAGAGUCUUCCGUUUCAAAUAGUUCCAGUGCAUCUUCCGACUCGAGCGCGGGAUCGGAAUCUGACGUGCCGUAUGUCGAAAAGACUAGAAAAUACAAACCCAAUCGAAAAGCCCGUAAAUUGCGACACAUUAAAGCUUCGUGUCGCGCGAUUCCCGGUGCCAACGACGGUUCCAUUAUUCUAGCUUGCAAUAUAUGUGACGAAGGAUUUCUACUGCAAGAUCUUCUCGAUCGUCAUAUGGUUCAGAAACAUGACGAUCGCGAUCGGCCGUACAGAUGCUCGCACUGUGCGAAAACCUACAUGACCAACGGGAACCUACAGGAGCACAUACGAAUGGUCCACGCGGGUGUCAAGUUCCCCUGCAAGGACUGUGGCAUUAAACUGUCCACCAAGAGUUCCUGGAAGCGUCACAUGAAGGGUCACACGGAUGAAGGGUUCAGUUGCGCCAUCUGCGCGGAAAAGUUUUCUUCUCAUUCGGUGUUGGCCAAACACAAACGACGCGUUCACGAGAAGGCCGCCAACAAUUUUAUUUGCGUGGAUUGCGGUAAUACCUACGAUACAAAUGCUGCUCUGCGGGAACACCGUAUUUCUCACACCGACGAACGGAGAUGGGAGUGCAAGGUGUGUGGUAUGAAAUUUAAACGAAAUCACAAUUUGAUAAACCACAGAAAGAUUCAUCUGGUUGAUAAGCCAGUUGUCAAGUUCAAAUGUCAGGAGGAAGAUUGCAACCAAGAGUUUAUAACGAAAUCGGCUCUUGCUACCCACCGUUCCGCUCAUGGAAGAGUGUGCUGCCGGUUGUGCUCUCGCACGUUCGAAUCUCAAAGCGACCUGAUGCAGCAUCGCCGAGAGGAUCACAAAAUAACAGGAAAAGAAGCAGGUAUCAGUUGUCGAACAUGUCAUAAACGCUGCGCUGAUCACGAUGCAUUGCUAGCACAUCGAGCCGAGGAACAUCCGAUGGAAGUUCCAUUGGAGUGUGAUAUUUGCAAGGCUACAUUUGCCUCGACGGUGGCACUACGAGCCCACCAGCGCGAACAUCAGCGCGUUAUCCUUUAUAACUGUCCAAACUGUUCGGAAACGUACAACUCACAGCUGCUGCUGGAAACACACAUGAAGGAAGUACACGCGGACUGUAAAAAUCACGUGUGCUAUAUGUGCGGUAGUGGAUACCCGACCCGGAAGCAGCUGGUUUCUCAUCUGGGCAGGCAUCGAAAUCCUCAGAGGAAAACAAAUUCCAACAUGCCCGGUAACUACAUGUGCGAUAUCUGCGGGAAGGAAUUUAAUUUCCGAAUUACGCUGAAGAGGCAUGUCUACAAUUUCCAUGAUCACGACAGAAAGUUCCAGUGCGAGGUUUGCGAGAAAACGCUAGUGUCAGCGGAGGGAUUGAAGUUGCAUAUGCGAAGCCACUCCGAGGAUCAAUUGGUGAUGUGCGAACUUUGCGGAAAAGGUUUCUCCCAGCCGUACCGGCUGCGUGAGCAUAUGAUUCGUCAUUCCCGCGAAGCAAACGAACAACGAUGCCAUAUCUGUAACCGCGCCUUCCGCGACCCAAAUAAACUCGAGCUACACCUCAAAUCCCACACCGGUGAGACGGAAUUCUGCUGCAUUCCAUGUCAGCGUUAUUUUGCUACCGAUCGGCACUACCGGCUUCACGUGAAGCGUAUGCACGAAUCGGAAGCAACCUGUCCAAUAUGUGAUAAGCUUUUUCCCACGGAGAAGAAAAUGAAGAGCCACGUUCGGAUUCACGAGAAUCCGCACAUGUUUGAAUGUCCCACGUGCUUUGCCUGCAUCAAGGAAAAGAAACAAUUCGAUCGUCAUAUGCGACUGCACACUGGCGUACGAUUACCGUGCCAGUUUUGUCCGUUGACAUUCUCGAUGCCCAAGACGAGAAGAACACACGAGGCCCGGUUCCACAAGGAUCAGCGGGGGACGAUACUGGAGAAAGAUGCUGACGGGGAGAAGGAUAAGGAAAGUCCCAGCAAAAAAUCAGUAGAUGAUACGGCUUUACUAGAGGUUCAGAGUGAUUUCAGGGCUAUACCCGUCAGAGAGGAUGAGGUUAGCGUCGGGUAAUUAUCUAGUGUACAUAAGUAUCCUCAAUGUGAAUGAAUUGUGAAACUCAGAUAAAGCGCUUAGAACUUGA